UGUGAGCUCCCAUUCAUUUCCUGAGAACUGCCCUGAGCAGCUGAGAGGAGCUGAGAGGGGAGGGAGUCACACACACACACACACACACACACACACACAGAGAGAGAGAGAGAGAGACUGAGAGGACUGUAUAAGGAAGACAGUUUCUGUCGCUCUGCAGCUCCUGGUCAGACGCCAUCAAUAACAGGAUGUUAAUGCUAGACGGAAUGCCUGCAGUCCGAGUCAAAGCAGAACCUCUGGAAUCUGAGAGAGGGUCACCCAAAGUGCACGGCUAUCCUGAUAUGGAGACUGUGCCGCUCCUGCUCAGCAAAGUGAAGGCGGAACCUCCAGAAGACCUGCUCUCAUCCGAGCAGUUCCAAACCCAGACAGAGCCUGUAGACCUGUCCAUCAACAAGACAAGAACGUCAUCUCCUUCCUCCUACACCUCAGCCUUCUCUCCAUCUUCAUCAUCGUCAUCCUCACCUUCUGUCAUCACCUCAGUCUCCUCUGGAAUGCCCUCUAUUUUGACACCCGGGCCCUUGGUGGGCUCUCCUCAUGGAGUUAGAGGCCAGCAAUUUUUGCACAUCAUCCACCCCGUCCCCCCUUCCAGCCCCAGUAAACUUCCCAGCCAUGUGCACCGUAUCCCUGUGGUGGUGCAGUCGCUGCCCCUCAUGUACACCACAGCCGUUCGCUCCCCGUCAACCUUCAACUCCACCAUCAUGUUACCUUUCCUGGACGAGGUCAAGUGCCAGGGCAAAGGAAAAGACUAGCUUCAGACAACUGCAUCUCUCUGUCCUUUCUUCACAGAAAAGCACCAUACUCAUAAUGAUAUGCAGAUAUGGGGUUGAUUGUCCUCAGCUGCCUGUGUACUUCCUGCUGUUAGGGAGUAUGUGCUGUACGACAGGCAUACUGUCUGCUUUUGAAGUGGUGAACAUUUAUGAUUUAUGUACCAGCCAAUGUGGCAGUCAACCUGUAAGACAUGUCAGAUUUUUUUAAACAUGUAUGAUCGUUGAACAUUUAAUUUAGAUUAAGUCAUUUGAAAAUCUGGCAAGGUGUAUGCCCUUGCUAUAUUUAUAUAUUCAGAUAUUUGUAGCACUUGACUGCUCUUUUCGAACACACCCAAGCAUGUGAGGUAUUGUCACACUUGUUUUGUUUCAUCUCACAUAGCAGUAUAUAGCGUAAAUGGAUACUAAUAGUAUUACACAAGUGGACCAAAAUGAGAUGAAAGGAACCAUAAAAACAGCAAAAAAAGGGAAAAGUUAUAUUUCACUUUGUUCAUUUAUUGGACAUGAAAGGUCUAAAUUCCUUUCAAGAGCACUUAGAUGUGAAAACAUUAUAUAAAGUUAGUACAUAAGAAUGCAAAAGUGUCAGUG